GUGGCACAUUGCUGUCGUUCCUCUAGAGAUUACUGUGGCUGAGUGUUUCGCCCUUCCCGAUGUACCAGGAGUGUGCAGACACUGUUACUCAGGGUCCCAACCAGCCAUGUCCAUCAAGCACCAAAAGCCACGUAGCCACCACUCUGCCGUCAGCUGCAAGACAGAGCCUCUCUGACUACACUGUUGGCAAAGACCCACCAGGAGAGAGGACAGGUCGAAGGCAGAACAGAGGGAUGAGGACUCGCCUGGGCUGCCUGUCUCACAAAUCAGACUCAUAUAAUGAUUUCACAGCUAUUCUUCCGGACAAGCCCAACCGGGCUUUGAAAAGAUUAUCAACAGAAGAGGCUACAAGAUGGGCGGAUUCUUUUGAUGUCCUUUUGUCCCACAAAUAUGGGCUGGCUGCUUUCCGUGCUUUCCUGAAAACGGAGUUCAGCGAGGAGAACCUGGAGUUCUGGCUUGCCUGUGAGGACUUCAAGAAGACCCGGUCAGCGGCCAAACUGGCAUCCAAGGCCCAGCGAAUCUUUGAGGAGUUCAUUGAUGUGCAGGCUCCUCGAGAGGUGAACAUAGACUUCCAGACACGGGAGCUGACAAGAAGAAAUGUGCAGGAGCCCUCUCUCUCUUGCUUUGACCAAGCCCAGGGGAAGGUGCACAGCCUGAUGGAGAAAGACUCUUAUCCCAGGUUCCUGAGAUCCAAAAUUUACACAGACCUGCUGUCUCAAACCCAGAGGAGGCUCAGUUAGAGCAGUGAUGGGGCCCUCAGAAACCAUGUGCUUCCCACAACAGCAAAAGCUCAUGUCUAAAUGUGAAACUUCACUGGUGUUAAAAGCAGUGGGAAUAAGAAGAGAGGGAGGAGUGGAGAAGUGUGUUUCCAGAGUGUGAUCCAAAUGCGGUAUUAGGACUCUCUGUUUGAGUUUCUGUGCUUUUUUUGGUUAGUGGUAGCACCUUGCAGUUGUUGCCUCUCUCUGGCCCAAAAGCAUAUCCUUUGUAGUCACUGGGUCAUCUUUUGCGAAGGCAGAUUUACAUAAAAAUUACUACUUUGGUUUAUGUGUUAAUAAUGCCACUCUACCCCUCCAUCUCACUGGCUCUCACCUAUCCCCUGUAUUUGGAGGGGCCUUAAGGGCAGUUCUGAAACUUGUGUAGCUGAGUAUGAUCUGAAGCACUGACACUCACCCUUGAUGCUGGGGUCUGGAUCCUGGACUGUGAGGAGGAAGAGAAGGGAGGCAGAGAGAAGGCAAAGGCAGAUGAUUCAUGCUGCUUCCCAGGGUGGAGACCAUCAGGGGACUCAGCUCACCUUUCCAUUUUGGUUGCACACCUUAUGAUACCAGCUGCCACCCUCUCACAGCCCCUCCACACCUCUGACAUGCUUAUCUUCCAGAGAUGGAGAUUAAAUGUUACUUUUGUAUGACUGUCAAAGAGCUAAGUUUUUCUCUUGAGAAGGUAAUCCCCAAAGCUCUUACUAGACCUAGUCAAGCAAGUCUUCUGGUACAAAAGAUUGUUUUUCAUUAACAUUAUUUAUUUGUACUGUAGUUCAGCUUCAGGACCCCACAUAGUUUCAAGCUUCGGUGUGCUAGGCACUGUACCAAAACCUAACACAAAGAGGCUCCUGGCCACCAAAGACAUUACCAGGCUCAGUGGCUUCUCGAGAAGAAACUGCCAGCUAUCAGGAAAGAGCCAAGAGAAGGAAUGUCCUAUCUGUCCUGUGCUGAGAUGUAAGAAGAACAUAAGACCUGUCUGCUAUGUCAGAUACCAUUUUUCAUAUAGUACCUGACCAGCACAUGGCAGGGAGAGGUAACAUGAAAAUCACGAUUAUAUUUUUGUUAUUUACUGGUUAUUGACUGUUGUUGUUACCUACCGAUUGCCCACUGUGUAUUCAAUACCGUGUAAAGAAAUACUGAAGACAAA